AUGGAUGCUAUUCUGAAUCGACGACCUCCAACUACCUGGGAACAAUUUGCGUCGUCUCCUCUGCUCUUCCUCGCUCGACUGCUUCACACUCGCCUUCCACCCUCGCAGCCCGAAUGUCUUGACAAAAUCCGCGUUGUCUGUAUCUCAGACACCCACAACUCUCACCACCUGCAGCCAUCUCUACCAGAUGGCGACAUCCUUAUCCACGCUGGGGACCUGACCAACUCUGGAACAAAACAGGAACUCGACGACGUCUUAGCGUGGCUCGAAUCUCAACCUCAUCCUCACAAAUUCUUCAUAGCAGGAAACCACGAUACCUGCCUUGCCGAUCCAGACAUUUCGCAACACAUCUCGUCGACGUACCCUAGCCUCGCUUACCUCCAGGAGGCAUCCGCCCUCAUCACGAUACGUGGCCGCAGCUUACGCGUAUAUGGCAGUCCCUACACGCCCAAACACGGGUCCUGGCAGUUCCAGUACCCUCGUGUUCCUCCAAACCUUUAUUCUCCUUCUGAGAAUCCCCGAUCCGAGGCCACCAACAUCUGGUCUCGUGUCCCUCCCCUCACCGACAUUUUGGUCACUCAUGGCCCUCCGUUUGGACACCUGGACCUCGGCAAGAUGGGUUGUUAUUCCCUCUUAGCAACUUUAUGGCGUGUUAGGCCCAAAUUGCACGUCUUUGGACACAUCCAUGCCGGGAGAGGCAUCGAAUGUGUCCGUUGGGAUGCGGCGAACGCCGCUUACGAAGAAAUCUGUGCUAGGAGAGUGGGAUGGAUUGGUUUGCUUCGAUUGGCUUGGUGGAAGGCGAUUAGGUGGUUCAGGAGAUGGUCUUCCGGGGAUGACGUAGUGACCGUUAUGGUCAAUGCUGCCUCAGUUGGGGGUCUCAAGAAUGAGCACAGAAAGGGGGCUUUCGCAAUCGACAUAUAG